AGCGAUCGUUGUUCCACGAAAAAUGAUUACUCUCCGGAAUAUUUGUUAAUGAUUCGUUAUGAAAUAUUGAACCAAUGUAUAUAUAAUAGCUGCGGUUAGGAAUCGUCACUGAUUAAUAAUGGCAAGAUGCUGCAUGGGAGGACAGUGGCCGGCGACAUGGAUUUCUUUGUGUUUGCCGCUGCUGAUUGUUGUUCAUCCAGAGGGCAUCUCUGCUCAAAUAAGAUAUUCAAUUCAGGAGGAAGUAAAACCGGGAACAGUGGUUGGAAAUGUUGCCAAGGACCUCGGACUGGAAGUCGGCAGGCUGCAGCAGAGAAAUCUCCGUGUGGUGUCAGGAACAAAGCGGGAGCAAUUCAAGGUAAAUCAGAAUGAUGGUGUUCUCUCUGUCCACCAGAGAUUGGACCGGGAGGACCUGUGCGGUAACACCAUGCCGUGCAUUACGAAUCUCAAGGUGGUUGUGGAAAACCCUCUGGAGAUGCAUCAAGUCCUUGUUGAGGUACUGGACGUGAACGAUAACUUGCCAAGAUUCCUUGAUGACAAUUGCACCUUGGAGGUGCUGGAAUCUGCUGUAAUUGGAUCCAAACUCCAAGUGGAGGGCGCCCAAGACUUGGACGUGGGAUUGAAUUCUGUCCAAAUGUACAAGCUGAACCACAACCCGUUUUUUCUCCUAGAAACCGAAGACUUUGGUGAGGAAGGGAGGGUGCCUUUUCUUGUGUUACAGCGGCCUUUGGAUCGAGAAAACGCAGCACAGCACCAGUUAAUAUUAACAGCCUCAGAUGGGGGCAAACCACCUAAAACAGGUACUAUUAACAUCACCAUUAUUGUAUCUGAUGUAAAUGAUAACGCACCAGUGUGUGACCGUCAGAAAUACUCCAUUAGCGUGAAGGAGAAUGCUCCUCUGGGGACAUAUCUACUAACAGUGAAGGCAUCAGACUCAGAUGAGGGACACAAUGGUGAGAUUGAAUAUUCUCUCAGGAGCAAAUUAAGAGGACACACCAGCAUGCCAUUUGAUUUGAAUAAGAAAAGUGGGGAACUAACAAUAAAAAGAGAUCUCGAUUUUGAAGAGAGACAAGUCUAUGAGAUGAAGGUGCUGGCUGCGGACAAAGGCGCGGUGUCGCUAUCCACACAGUGCAGCGUGCUAAUCCGUGUGGAGGAUGUGAACGACAACCGACCCAAAAUUGACAUCACCUCAUUGUUGAGUCGCAUCGCAGAGGACGCCGCUCUCGGUACAGUGGUGGCGCUAGUGGGCGUGAAUGAUUUGGACUCGGAUGCGAAUGGACAGGUGGUUUGCAGCCUGCCGGAACGCUUGCCCUUUGCUCUCAAAUCGGCACCAGAUGGACAGUCAUACUCUCUUGUAACCAACGACUAUUUAGAUAAAGAGAGGGAGCAUGCGUAUGAUAUCUUAAUAACAGCAAAAGAUUUAGGGACGCCCCCUAAGUCCUCGACUAAGAUCGUACACGUAGAUAUACUGGAUGUGAAUGACAAUAGGCCUUUAUUCAGUCAAAGUCCUUUUACAUUUUAUGUGCUGGAAAACAACAAAGCAGGAGUGUCUUUGUUUUCUGUGAGGGCCACAGAUGCCGAUGGCGAAGAAAAUGCAGCUGUGACAUACUCACUCCAACGGAAAAGUGAAAGUGUGACAUCAUUUUUGAAUAUUAAUGAGAUCACUGGCACAAUUACAGCCUUGAAAAGUUUUGACUUUGAGACGCUGAAAAGUUUCCAAUUCCAAGUGGUGGCCACCGACGGUGGAAGUCCUCCACUGAGCAGCAACGUGACAGUGAAGGUGUUCAUUCUGGAUCAGAACGACAACGCUCCAGUCAUCCUGUAUCCAGUCAGCUCCAACGGUUCUGCCGAAGGGGUGGAGGAGAUUCCCCGCAAUCUCAAAGCAGGAGACUUGGUGACGAAAGUCCGAGCCUAUGACGCCGAUAUCGGAUAUAACGGCUGGUUGCUGUUUUCGCUGCAGCAAGUCAGCGACCACAGUCUGUUUUCUUUGGACCGCUACACGGGCCAGAUCCGAACACUUCGCUCCUUCACGGAGACGGACGAGGCUGAGCAUCGACUGCUCAUCCUGGUCAAAGACAACGGCAACGUGUCGCUGUCGGCAACAGCCACCGUGACCGUCAAACUCGUGGAGCCCAAAGAGGCUUUUGCAGCUUCCGAUGUGAAAAGUGCAGCAAAAGUGGAAGAGGAGGACAACGUGACUUUUUAUCUCAUCGUCACUUUGGGCUCGGUGUCGCUCCUCUUUGUCAUCAGCAUCAUCGUGCUGAUCGCCAUGCAGUGCUCCAAAUCCACAGAGUACACUUCCAAAUAUCUGCAAGACGCCAAUUAUGACGGCACGCUGUGUCACAGCAUCCAGUACAGAUCAGGAGACAAGCGCUACAUGCUAGUCGGGCCCAGAAUGAGUAUCGGUUCGACCGUAGGCCCGGGCAGCCACGCCAACACUCUGGUGCUCCCUGACAGGAGACACACUUCCGGGGAGGUAAGACAGGCAUUUUUUAAAAUUAUUAUUACUGAAAGCCCACACAAAACACAACGUUUGGUAACAUUAAGAACAUUGUUUCUCAACUAUUGUCACCUUUGGGCCCACAUCUUCCUGUUGUGGCAAGGUCAAAACUCACAUGGAAGUGAAGAACAAUCAGGCAUAUUUUUUAAAGUAGCCUCUGAAAAUACAUACAUACACUGUAUCAAAUGAACUUGAGUGUACUGUAUCAACAAAAGCAAAUUGCUAGCUAUGAUACCCACAAGACAAAAGGUUGAAAAGUUGAACUGCAUUUUGUUUCGUGAGUAAACUUGUGCCUGACUGGAGCACGAUUAACAUUUCCCGUCACUUACUAUUUAAAAAAAAAAGAUGAUUAUUAGCUUUCCUCAACCCACAAAAUUGCUGUACGACCCACUUUUGGGUUCGGAUCCACCAGUAGAGAAUCAGUAAUUUAGAAAAAAAGUUAUUUGAAAAUGACCUUUAAAUCCCACUUAAUAUUUUUGUUUCUGUUUUUGUUUUUGUCAUGACUGAAUGGAUAUUAGUUAAUGAAUAAAGAGCACAAAGGUGUCCAAACAUGUUUUAACCCUGCCAAAUUAGUUAGCAUCUUCUUCUGUUGUGAUGGACUCAAACAAGAUGUUCCAUUGUUCGUCAGGCCAGUUGUGAGAAUGCUGUUUUACUCAGUCCGUCAUUUUCAGGUCUGGCGCUGUCUGUGGUGCUGAACGAAUGUCAUUGAAUCCACAUGACUGAAAAGCAGUGUUGGGAAAAUUCAUUUCCUGCGCGAACUUGUUCAAAGUUCACUUCACACAUGUAAAUUUAAUUAUUAACUCAGUAAUAUAGUUCCCGCCUCUUAAUAUGUUGCUGCUGACUAUUCCCCUCGAAAUACAGACAUUUCGAUGACAGACCCAUUCAUUCUGUCCAUCCACACUUGGCAAGCAACUUCCACUCUGCAGUCAUG